AUGGCGACCGAUCCGCAUCACCAACAACAGCCACAACAGCAACAGCAAGAACAAUACACGAGCUACGACUGGAACUCGCCCGAGGUCGCCCCUCAACACCAUCAGCAUCAGGAGUACUACGGUGGUGAGCACCACCAGCCUCACCAGUAUGCGGAGACAACAAAGUACGCUCCUCAGGUCCAGCCCUACCAGGAGGUAGCAUACGACAGUCUUCCUCAAGUCGCACACGACAACUCCAAUUACCCUCAGGUUGCCUACGACAAGACCCUGCCCGAAGCAUUACCACCACACGCGUAUCAGCAGCAUUCACCACAGCCGCCGUACGACUCGCAACAGUACAACUACUAUCAGCAAUCACCGGCGGCUGAUGCUCCCCAAGUAUACGAGGGUGAGAAGAAAACCCUCGGGCUACGCAAACGCACAUUGCUCAUUGUCUUGGGCCUCAUCAUAGCCUUGGUGGUGAUAGCUGCGGUGCUGGGCGGCGUGCUUGGUACACAGUUAGGAAAAGACAAGAAGAGCAAGGAUGAGGACAUACCGACCACGACGGCGAGCUCAACGCCGACCUCGAGUCCGACCCCGACGGCCACCCCCAUAAUACUCGACACGUCCAAGCUCAGCGCAGUGAACUGGACAGACUCGGACAACACGGACUACCAGGCCGUCUUCUGGCAGGACAACCAGACGAACCUGAUCAUGUCGCUGUCCGACUCGGGCGGCAAGACGUGGGAGACGACCAACAUCUCCGACAUCAUGAGCUCGUCCUUCUCCGCCAAGGCCGGCACGCACCUCAGCGCCGCCGUGCGCGGCUACCCGUGGACGAGCUCGCCGUGGAACAAGGAGUUUGGCAUCGCGCUCUACUACAUCGCCGAGUCGGGCGUCAUCGAGGAGGUCUACAGCACGGACAUCCGCGGCGCGAGCUGGAAGCGCGGCACGCUGACGACGUCGAGCGCCAACCUGCAGGCGGCCGACGGCUCGUCGCUCGCGGCGUGGUGGAGCGAGUGCGAGGUCAACUGCACGGAUAUCACGUGGCUGUUCUACGAGGACCCCGACGGCUCGCUGAUGUACGCGGGCGACGACGACUGGGCUGCGCCGCAGUUCCUCGUGCGGAACAUAGUCAAUUCGGCAGGCAUCGCGGCAACUGCCAUCCCGUUCAACAGCUCGGCGUCCCCCGCGGCGAAUAGCCCCCGCGUCUACUACCAUGACUCGAAUGUGCUGCAGGAGCUGAUGUAUACCUUUGACCCGGAGCCAACAUGGUACUAUGGUAAGAAGACUGCCCUGUUUUCACGCUCUAGGGAAGUUGGGACGCUCACAAACAAACAGCAAGUACCAUCUUCAAAGACCUACCAGCAAAUCCACCGCAGAUUGCUGCAGUCAAUUAUGAAGACCCAGCUGAUCCUGGAAUCGGAAGGGUGCGGCUUCUCGUUGUAG